AGGUUUCAGCAGACUUGUGCACAAAACUAAAAAAGGAUCAAAGCAGACAACUCGCAGGAUCGAUCGUGUUGUUCUGUUGGGGGUCAUGGAACCAGCGUUCUGCUGGAGUGAGUGACAGGAGCGUGCGUCUGUGUGCAGGACCUUGGGUUUGGCCCGAUGGCGCUGGCCCCACAGGCCCUGGCUCCAACAGCCCAGGGUAACAAAGCGCGGGCCGGCCCAAAUCGCACGCACCCACUGGUGGCUGGGCGGUUAUUUGGGGCGAAAACUGGCAAAGACAAAAUGGGAAAAAGGUACAAAAAAAACGCAGAAUGGGAUAAACAGGCGCUAUCCUCACGCAGAUUUUUUUUUGCAGCCCCCGACUGUUCACAAGCGGUCAAUUGCUGUGGCUGUCUUGGAGAUCUCUGUGGCGAUAGUCCUCUGGUUUUCGGAGGCCGAAAGGAGAUCCUGGUGGAUUUUCUCGGUGGCUUCCCUGACAGCCUCAAGCGAGGCCCUCAAUUUCUGAAGACUCUGCAUUUCGCUCAUUGUGGUCUGGGGUUAGUGGGCUUUUUGUGUUUGGUGGCGUUGGCGCUAAAUAGCAGACUCUUACGUACGGGCGGCUCUGUAGACAUGGUGGAACUGGGAGUUGACAGUGCAGUGAGAACGGCCGCGGGCCUGGCAUUAUAUAGCAGGUACUGCCUGGGGCCGGAUUUGGGGCCGGGGUCCAAAUCACCUGGGGCGCGCCCAGACUUCGCGGUCUUCCGAGAGCUAAGAAAUGGCGAAAGAAUGGGGAACGCUCUGGCCGCAAGUCACCGGAACAAGCCGCUGGAAACCCAACGGCCGGUAUUUUCUGAGACUUGGUUAAGGCAGGGCUCUGGGGAGAACGAUGCAAACUUGGCGCACCCGUGAAUCUACACAAUAGAGGGUGCACCUACGCAAGGGACCAUCCAGCCCGGUGCAGGAGACAUACCCGGAACCAAGCUCAUGGACUUGCAAAUGCAAUAGUGCAAAUUGGACAUAUGCCAGUUCACGCUCGUUGCUUCUGCUCUCCUCAAACAGGGGGGAUGACAUUACGAACAAAUCGAGUCACUAGCUCGAAACUAAAUUUUUGCGGGACCUGUCGGCCAGCGUUCAGAUGAUGGUAUUGGCCCAUGCUGUUAAUAUAUGGUGUUCCUACUUAUGUGCUCUACAACAGAUCACUGCCAGGCUGGAACUGCAGAGCACGUUUGCUGCUUCUACUGAAUAACAUCUUCUCUAUUCCCAUUAGGACGUCAAGUCUAAGCAAAUACGGGGAGUCUAUCCAAAAUGACACCUUUCCUUUCUUUGAACAUGGGUUCAACACCUUGCCGGGCUAAGCGAGCCAAAAGGUUCU